UGGAGUGAGGUGUCAGUAAUUCAGUAAUAUUAGUUCAGAUGGCAGGAGAACAUCACUGCCGAACGAAAAAAUAUAAAUCGCCAACACACAAUCAUGAGUUAUCACCAAAACAACAGAAACGCGGCUGCAUAUGACCACUAUGGUUUCGCCAAUGCGGACAAUCGGACUGAAGACAAUUUGCGGAGCUCCCAUUCGCAGGCUUUCAGGCCAAUCGGAUCAGGCCAACUGCAGGAGAAAAUAUGGAUUUCGAUCUUAUGAACUUCGUCUCACGCCCAACGGGACUGGUUUUGUGAUGCCACCAAAUCCGCAGACUCCAGCAGUGUGGAUUUGGUGGCAUCACAAAACCAGUCCCGUUGGGCUGUGAGACGAAGUUCAUAAGAUGUUGCUCCAAAUGUACCAAUACGAUCAAUCGGAAAGGUAAUAAAGCCUCCAGCCAAGCGUACUUACACGAAGAGAGCCAACAAGGCCAUGAACACGAAUAUACUUCAGGAAAAUCAUACCGAGGCCAUGGUGCCACAACCUAAUAUACUUCCCGAAAAUCAUACCGACGUCUUGGUGCCAGAACCCACUAUACCAAUUCAACUGGGUGAGCUCCUGGGAACUGAUACUGGGAUCCCACCGAUUCAGCAGAAUUUAACCGUACAACCGAUCGACAAGGUGAUCAAACCCAGAGCUCCCAGAAAAGCACCUGCUAAGAAGGUGCCCCCUCAGGAAUCGGGCACGGAUAUAGCAACUGAGAUAUCGCCGGAAAGCGAAGCUGCUCAAAACAAGCCGAAGCCUAAACCAAGAGCACCUAGGGUACCCAAGGAGCCUAAGGCGCCAAAGGUGCCGAAGACACCUAAAGUUCCAAAGGCACCCAAGGUACCGAAAGAACCUAAGGCACCCAAGGUACCGAAAGAACCUAAGGCACCCAAGGUACCGAAAGAGCCUAAGGUACCCAAGGUACCAAAAGAACCUAAGGUACCCAAGGUACCGAAAGAACCUAAGGUACCAAAGGCACCGAAAGAACCUAAGGUACCGAAGGCCCCAAAAGAACCUAAGGUACCAAAGGCACCGAAAGAACCUAAGAUACCAAAGGCACCAAAAAGAAAAAGAAAGGCACCCAAGGAACCUAGACCCUGUUUAACAAUGUAAACAAAGUAAACUGUUAUUUCAUAAAAAUA